AUGGGAACUUUCGCGCAGAGCCUGGGCGGAUCGCAACCCGCUACGCCUCUCGACCUCUCUGAUUUCCCUUCCCUAUCUGGAGCGCCUUCUCAAUCGCAAGCUCAAAAUCAGAGCCACCUAGUUUGGGCGAAUGCAAGCCAACGUGCAAUGCAACAGACGCCGGUUCAAAGACAACAGCAUCCGACUUCUCAAGCGCCGUCCCGAGCGGGUCAAACACCAUCCCACCUCCAACAACAAUCUCAGCCUUCGCAAGACGACGUGUUCCCGUCCGGUGCCCAAUUUGCCAAUCGUUUAGACGACUUCCGAAACGGGGGACAGGGUAUCAGCGGUCAAUUAGGAGCGGGCUCACAACCGCAGACAGGCAAUAUUGACGAGUUUCCCCCACUGGGUCGGAAUGUCGCUGCGGACUUGAGCCAGGACCGUAGGGGGUCUUUGAUGCAACAUACAGGCUUCGGAAGUUACAGUGCUGGCGUAUCGGAACGUCUCGGUCCCCUGUUAACCAGCCGUCGAAUGGACUUCCCGGACAGGAGAAAGAGGUUCGGAUACAGUCCACCCCCGCUUAUGGAAAUGUCUCAGGCUAAUGUGAACCAGGACUUGAGCAGCGCCAUCAUGUCACAGCAGCAACAAUUACAGCAACAAGCCGGCAGUGGGGAUGCGCAGGAAGCUGGGACGACACAAAGUGCCGAGCAACCUCCUAUGGCUGAGAUGAGCGAACUGGACAAGUUCGGCCUCGCUGGUCUCCUUAGCAUGAUCCAUAGUGACAGCCCCGAUGUCGCAAGCCUUGCUGUCGGCCAGGACUUGAUGACCUUGGGCCUCGAUCUCAACCAGCCAGAACCUCUCCACACGUCCUUCGCUUCGCCUUUUGUUGCCUCGGUCACCGGUGUCCCACUAGAGCAGGACUUUGCUUUGCCGUCGUGCUACAACGUGGCUAAUAUCCAACCUCUCCAAUCUCGCGUUACUAGCUUCAGCGAUGAGACGUUGUUCUACAUAUUCUACAGCAUGCCUCGAGAUAUAAUGCAGGAAGUUGUCGCAGAAGAGUUGAUGGGCCGCAAGUGGAGAUACCACAAGAUGGAGAGAUGCUGGCUCACUCGUGACGAGACGUAUCCGGGUCCUGUCGACGUUGAACGUGGUGUCAGCGAACGAGGUGUUUACCUCCUUUGGGACCCGGCCAAUUGGAAGAAGGUUCGGCAAAGGCGUUUGGUUUUCCGCGCAUUGGCGGACGGUCGUUCAGGUGUUGCCAGUCUAGCUGAGCAGCAAGGUGUUUCUGAACUUUAG